AUGGAAAGGGGCGGAUCAAUCCCUGAACAGACCCAGAAGGACGACGGCCGUAUGCCAUGGUCCUGGGACACGCAUGUCGGCCCGAACGGCGUGCUUUUCAAACAAAUGGCCGCCGAGCUCACUGUACGACCAUUCGAUGCGGACGGAGGCGUCAGCAGCGUCAGCACACCCGAGGACGCUGACACCGGUGAGUGGUCCAGCAGCGAUGAGAGCAUGAAGAGCAUGACCAAAGAUGAAAAGAGGGCCAUCAUCGCGGACAUUAUUGCGGACAGGAUUGCGCACAUGGACACGGAUAGCAGCGUCAGCAGCGACGAGAGCAUCGACAGGGAUGAAAUGAUGCCCAUAAUUGCGGACAUGGACACGGAUGGCAGCGUCAGCACGGACGAGUCCUGA